AUGAUGCUUGUAGUCAGCCUCCUCUUGGGCCUCACUGGUCUUUAUAUUAUCCGAUGGACACUAGGAGAAAGGAAGACCCUGAAGAGGCUCCCACCGGGGCCUACAUCAAAACCUGUUAUUGGCAACCUUUUGGAUCUGCCGUCACCGGGCACACCUGACUGGCUGCAUUGGCUCAAGCAUAAAGAGCUCUAUGGCCCGAUCAGCUCGGUAACGAUCUUCGGACAAACAAUCGUCAUCCUGAACGACCGUCAAACGGUAAUAGAUCUCAUGGAGAAGCGCUCCGGAUUGCACUCUUCUAGGCCUCAGCUGCCUAUCGCAGAAAUAACAGAUUGGGAUGAUACACUGGGGUUGAUCCCGUACAACAGUCGCUUCCGCGCAUAUCGGAAAGCGUUGCAUCAGGAGAUGGGCACUCCCGCUUCGAUUUUAAAAUACCACGAUAUCAUCGAUAUGGAAACACACCGUCUACUCUUCCGUAUACUCGAAAACCCGGAGGACCUGGUCCAGCACAUCAGGAAGGAAGCUGGGUCCAUUAUCUUGAGAGUCGGAUACGGUUAUGUCACAGAACCACACGCGCGGGACCCUCUGGUUGACUUGGUCGACAAAGCGAUGGAGGACUUUUCGCAACUGGUUCUUCCUGGGGCUUGGCUGGUGAACUUCAUUCCGAUGUUGAAAUACCUACCCAGCUGGUUUCCAGGUAACGGUUGGCAAGAGACGGCAAAGGCUUACAAGAAAAGAGUAACAGCAAUGAGGGACGUGCCUUACACGUUUGUCCAACGACAGAUCAAGAAGCAGAAUCAUGUACCGUCGUACGUGUCAAGUCUUCUGGAGCAAGGCAAUGUAGAACCCGGGUCAGAGGAGGAGAUCGUGGCGAAGUGGUCUGCCCAGUCGCUGUACGGCGGAGGAGCUGAAACAAGUGUCUCUUCAUUGGCAUGUUUUUUCCAGGCUAUGGUGUUGAACCCAAAUGUGCAGAAGAGGGCCCAGGAGGAAAUUGACCGCGUGGUGGGAACCAGUCGCCUACCCGACAUGUCUGACCGUGAAAACCUGCCAUAUAUAAAUGCUGUGGUAAAGGAGGUGCUCCGAUGGCAUCCUGUAACUCCAUUAGGAGUCACACAUGCAGCAAGCGAGGACGACACUUACAAUGGCUACUUCAUCCCUAAGGGCUCGAUCCUGGUAUCGAACAUCUGGGCGAUUGCUCAUGAUCCAGAGCUAUACCACGAUGCGACCGAAUUCAAGCCGGAGCGCUUCCUGGGUGUCAAUGGGCGAACACCAGAGUAUGAUCCGCAUUUACUCUCAUUUGGAUUUGGGCGUCGAAUUUGUCCCGGUCAGCACCUGGCUGCUGCCAAUCUUUACCUUGCCAUUGCCCGCUCCCUGGCAGUGUUCGACAUUACCCAUCUGGUCAAAAAUGGAAAAGAGGUCCCCGUCACUCCCGAGUUUACGACGGGCAUUAUCAGUCAUCCGGCUCCAUUCGAGUUGAGCAUUCGCGUCCGUAGCCCCGAACACGAGAAACUUAUUCGGGCAGUUGAGAAGAGCUACCCAUGGGAAAAAAGCCACGCGGAGGAACUUCAGCUGAAAAUCUGA